CAUCACCUUCAACUUCAACUUCAACUUCACCACCAACGUCAAUCCCAUCCCAUUCCAUUCCCAUUCCCAUCGCCCGUCCUCUCAACCCCCGGAUCCGGCCAUCCGGACCGCUCCUCCGCUUCCCAACCACCGUCCCCCGACUGUCCGCCUUUCCGCCCCCGUCUUCGGCUCUCUUGGUCUCUGCACGAGGCCUCGCCGUCUGGGCCCAGCGCUCGCUUCGCUCACAGCCACCCAGUCACCACACCCCCAUCCACCGGCCUCCCUCGGUGGCUUUCCCCCGCCUGGCUCGCCGCCUCAACCGUCUUGUCAAUUCAUCUGAUACUCCGUCUCUCCCAAGCCCAUCAUCUAUCUGUGUGUCUGCAUCGACAUUCUCUGGUCCACCGUCUUCCCAGCUCCCAAUAGAUAUCCCCCCAGCGUCCGCAUCCUCGUCCCGCCUACCUGCAUUCCAACCAUGGCCGCCCCAAAGAAAAGCAAGGGCGUCAAGAGCUUUCUCGAGAAGAGGAAAAACUCCUUCCUGUCGAGCGUCCGUGCCGAGCCCGACGACUCCCUGUCCAACUCCGAGCCCUCCCGGAGCUCCUCGCUGAACAAGACCUUCGAACUCGAUGUGGCGAUCCCGUCCGGCUCCUUGCUCUUUGAUGGAUCCAACGGCAACGCCGAGUGCAGCUCGCCCACCGAGCUGCGACCUGCCGAUAUCCGACCCGCCGACAUGCGACCCGCCGAGCCGCGACCCGCCGAACUGCGAUCCACCGAGCUGCGGCCAUCGCUGGAGGUGCCCGAGAAAAAGUUUACCAAAUUCAACCUUGCCCUGAUCAACAACCAGGUCGACAGCUUUCUGCACACCGGCCGCAUCUCCAUGGACGGGCUGAAGGGCAAGCGCAAGAAGCGCACUCGCGACCGCGAGUCCGUCCGUUCCUCCACCUCGAGAGACUCGACCGAUCAGCUCUCCGAUGUCCAGGUCGCUGUCCAGGUCGCUGUCCCGGCCGAGGCUGCGUCGCCCAAGACCGAGCAACUCGUCCCGGCCCUCGCCCUGCCGCCCACCGACCCGUCGUACAUCCAGCUCGACGAAUACAUGGGUUGGCGCGGUCGCUACACUCCACGAUACCUGUCGCCUCAUAAGUACUUGAAGUCCAAGCGUCUAUCGGACAGCAGCUUGUACAGCGACCACGAAAGCGACAGCGACGAGGACGUCGAUACCGUUCCCGGUGCCGCCGCCACCACCACCGCCACCAACACUGCUGGGACCGACACCAGCGCCGAGGGUGACGUCAGCCCAAGCUCCUCGGUAAAAGUCAGUGUCUAUGCCGAGAAUCUGGCCGAGGGAGUCUCCAAGCCGAAGCAUGUCGACGGAUCCCGUGCCGAUGUUCCAAACCCGUAUAGCGACUCGCUGCCCACAAUAGAGAGCGACGAGGAAAGCGAUGACGAGGACGAUGGGCCUCACGGAAGGCAUGUGUCUCUGCUCAACCCCGUCAUGGAAAUCGAGAUCCCGCAGAUCGCGGAGCAAGUCCUGCCCAAGCGCAUCAUUCGCCCGCGUCUGCGCGACAUUGCCGAAAUGAGUGUCAUCAUCCGGCGCACCCAGUUUGGAUCUGACCUCGAGCUCUCGCCCGUGAUCCCCACGCCCUUCAACAUCACCAAGCACCAUAGCAUCUCAAACCUGCGUCAGCUCGCCCCCGAGCUACCACGGAUCCACAAGCAUCAGAGUCUCGGCAAUCUCCACGUUCCUCCGAGCCCCCGUCGCUCACAGGACGAUGCCGCUAGCAUCCACUCGAAUCAAUCGGACGUGUCACCGUCAAAGGCCAUGAUUGCCAGCUUCAAGCAACGCCUGGCCGAGAACCGGCAGCUGGCCACCCAGCCCAAGCCGAGGACGGUGUGGCAUCUGUCCAAGCCUGCAGACCAGAACGACGACUGGAACACUGGCAUCGAGAACUGCAUCCGUCGGGCCAACGAAAUUCGCCAGCGCGAAACCCUGCAGAUGGGCAAGCGCGUGCUCUCGGUUGACCCCAGCGCCGAAAUCGAGGGUCUCGAUGAGGCCAUGCGCAACUCGCUCGAGAUGUGAGGGCGGUGUGAGACUUGUCAAUAUCCAUUUGGUAACUCUCUCGCUCGCCAUCGCCCUCGCCAUCGCCAUCGCCCUCGCCUUCAACCCUCUCCCCCCCCUCCUCGUCUACCCCGCCCU